GGAGAGAGAGAGAGAGAGAGAGGGAGAGAGAGAUGGGGAAGGCUGUAGAGAAGAAGAAGAAGAAAGGCCGCCCCUCUCUCCUCGAUCUACAGAAGCGCAGCCUCCGGCUUCAGAAGCUGCAGGAGCAAAAGAAGAAGCGAAACCCUAACCCUAGCGCUAUCCCCAACCCCUACGCCCGCUUCCCUAUUCCCUCCGCCGGCCGCAGCUCCACACGCCGAAACCCUAGCUCGGAACCUAAACCACCUUCUCCGGCAGAGGAUGGGGAUGAUACGGAGGCGGCAACAUCAAUGGAGGACGAUGAGGACGACGACGAACCAAAGGAGAGAAGAAAGGAGAAAAAGCUCAAAUUAGUCCUCCACCUCCCUCACCCCAGCACCACUUCUUCAGAUUUGGCAUCCUACGCAGCCGAAUCGAACGGCACCGUCACUGAGAAGCAGCAGAUUGACACCUUGGCAAAGCAGACAGAAGGAAAAAAUUCUGCGUGGAAAGCGACAGAAGCUCCUCAAGGGACAUCUGAUUUGGGCCCCGCAAUGCCUCUGCCAGACAAAAAGUUAUUGGAAUCCAUCCUUGAUAGGCUGCAGAAGAAGGACAUCUAUGGAGUAUUUUCUGAGCCUGUGGAUCCAGAAGAGCUUCCAGAUUACUUUGAUAUCAUCAAACAACCAAUGGAUUUUGGGACUGUGCGAAACAGGCUCUCAAGCGGAGCUUAUAAGGAUUUGGAACAAUUUGAGAAAGACGUUUUCUUAAUAAGCUCGAAUGGCAUGCGCUACAACGCACCAGACACAAUUUACUUUCGGCAGGCAAGGUCGAUACACGAACUCGCCAAAAAAGGUUUUGAGAGCUUAAGGCACGAAGGUGUUGGCGGCGAACGAGAACCAAAAAUAGUACGACGAGGUAGGCCACCUGGCACUGGCAAAAACAGCUUCAAGCGGCCGGUUGGUCGGCCUCCUGCGGAGCGAACUGGUUCUGAAUUUUCGUCUGAAGCUGCUCUUGCAAAUGCUUUGAUUGGAAACCAUUCGUCUGGCUUAAAGAAUGAUUUUUUGAGGGAAGGAUCAGGACCGGAUCAGCGAAGAAUAGCAGAUGUAUCCAUCAGGCCUACUCAGUUUUUUCAUAGCUCUGAAGCUUAUAGUUUAGGCAGUGAGCUUAAAUUAGUGAGAAAUGAAGAUUAUUCAGGGUCUACGUGGAAGGGAUUCCCAAAUUAUGGGAAGAAACUUAAUGUCAUGGAUGAGAGUCGCCGAAAUAGUUAUAAGCAAAGUCAGUUAUCUUCUUCUGUGCCUGAGUGGCCUGUGCUGGCAGCUUUUGAUGGAGAGAGAAAGAUAUUGUUGCAGGUUGGAUUUCAUGUGGAGUACGCGUACGCGAGAAGCUUGGCUCGUUUUGCCGCAAAUCUCGGCCCCAUUGGUUGGAAGAUUGCUGCCAAACGGAUCGAGAAGGUUCUCCCUUCAGGGAUCAAGUUCGGACCUGGGUGGGUCGGGGAUGAGGUUGACGCUCCCCGAUCUUAUCAUCCACACUUCUCAAAGUCGCCUUCUCCCCAUCCUUCCUCUCCGCAGUCGAAUAUCUCCGCGGCAUUGCGAAAUGAGCCUCACUCAGAAAAGCGAGAUGAUCUUCCUUCCAAUAACUCGGUGGGACAAUACUCUCACUCAGGAACUUCUCUUAGUCCUUCCUCAGCUUCUAUAUCCGCUGUUGCUCACGAGAGAUUCCAUGAUUCCAGUGAAGUGAAAGGUUCAUCCGAGUUUCACUGUAACGUGAAGAUGCAACCUCUAGCGAACGGAUUCAAAGCCUCCUUCACUUCCAAUCAUCUUUCUCGUUCCAAAAUAUUCACAAUGCCGAGUGCAGCUCGAGAAAACUUCGGUUUGGAAGCAGUAAUCCCUUUGCCGAAUUCGAGUAAAGGGCCAUGUCCGGCCGUUCCAGGUGUCACCGUGGAUUCGCAGAAACCUGAUUUGGCAUUGCAGUUAUGAGAUAAAAUCAGGUUCAUUAUUUAUUUUAU